AUCUUCAUAUAUUUUUAAAACUAAAUCGUUAUCACAAAAUAAAUUAAAUUAAAAUUUAUUAUUCAUAAUUCAUAAUUAAUUGUUAAUUAAUUUCAGUAGGUAUUAGCCUUAAGUAUUGACUAUAAAUAGUACUAUUUAUAACCAAUGGUAUUAGCCAUUAGGUUAUCAAUAAUCGAUAUAAGUAAAAAACUUUGAUUUACCUUAAUUAAUUAUAGAUUUGUCAUUGGAAUUUAAAUUUGAGGAAGUUAAGUACUUAAGUUGGUACCUAAACUUUUGAAGACAGUAUUUUGUAAUGGUUGAAAUAAAAUCCAAAGAAUGUUGGCCAAUAGUGUAUAGAAAAGAAUAUAAUGUUACAUUUUUUGGUCUUGAAAAUUUACAUCCCUUUGAUUCGAAAAAAUGGGCACACAUUUACAAAAUACUAAAAAAUACCUUGGGUUUAAAUCAAAAUAAUAUCUAUGUUCCUGAUGAAAUUACUGAAGAUGAACUGCUUACGAUUCAUAGUGGAAAAUAUCUUAAAAGUUUAAAAUGGAGUUAUGUUGCUGCACGUAUAUCAGAAAUUCCCGUGAUUGUCUUAUUUCCUAAUUUUUUGGUUCAAAGACAAUAUUUAAGACCCCUUAGAUUUCAGGUUGGAGGCACAAGGUUAGCUGGAAAAAUAGCUCGAAAAGAAGGAGUUGCUAUUAAUUUAGGAGGAGGUUUUCAUCACUGUAGUAAAGAUCGUGGUGGAGGGUUUUGUCCAUAUGCUGAUAUAUCAUUGGUUGUGAAUGAUGCAUUACAAGAAAAUGACUGUAAAUUGGUGAUGAUUAUUGAUUUAGAUGCUCAUCAGGGUAAUGGAUACGAAAGGGAUUUUAUUGGUAACUCAAAAGUAUUUAUUAUUGAUGUAUUUAAUAAAAAUAUAUACCCUAAAGAUACAUAUGCAGAAACCGCGAUCAAAGCUGUAAAAUUAGAUUACUUUGUUCAAGAUUAUGAAUAUUUAACCACUGUUGAAAGUGCUUUGAUUGAAUCGCUCAUAAAAGUUACACCAGAUUUCAUUAUUUAUAACGCGGGGACAGACAUUUUAAAAGGAGAUAAGUUGGGGUUGCUCUCUAUUACUCCAGAGGGAAUAAUACAAAGAGAUGAAAUGGUGUUCAAAUUAGCUCAACAAAAUAAUAUUCCUUUAGUUAUGUUGACGUCCGGUGGCUAUCGUAAGUCAACUGCGAACAUCAUAGCAGCUUCAUUGCAAAAUCUAGUACAACAAGGGCUAGUAAAACCAUCUCAAGUGGAAUAAUACAAAUUUAUAAGCGUAAAAUAUAAGCUCUACAUGUACUAUUAUUAUUCUAUUAAAUAAUGAAAAGCGUUCAGAAAAUGUGUGAUACACAAUAAGAAGAAUGCUGUUUAGUAUGUGUCAUAGAAAAAUAUAAAGAAAUAUAUAUAUAUAUAUACAAUAUAAUAACAAACGAGAAGUAAUAAUAAUGUAAGCACAUUCAAUAAGACUUCGGUAUUCCAAUAUCCAAUACUCAAUAGUUAAUUAGUAGGUAGUAAAUUAUUUUCUUAACAU